CCGAGCCAUGGGGCGAGAUGCAAAGGAGGCCGGCCGAGGCUGGAGCCAGCGGCACCAAUGCUACCGCUUCUACUAGGCUGUCCGCGGCCAAGGGCAAAGGGUUGCUGAUCAAAGUCCCCGAGAAAGUGCACCGGGGCCGCGUCCUACAGAGCUGGACAGAAAGUUUGUGUGCGUGCGUGUGUGAGUGUGUGUUGUGUGCACGCAUCUCCCCUCCCCCGCCGUGCCGGCCCGGCGGGGGGGGCGGAAAGCCAGCCGCGCCCCCUCCAUCAUCCCUCUUCCCACCCUUCCCCCAGAUGUGCUGAGAGGCACCAGGAGGGAGGAGGAGGAGGAGGAAGAAGAGGAGGAGGAGGAGGAGGAGGAAAAGCAGGAGGACCCGGCUUCUGGCUUGUGUUUUCUGACUUUCCCCAUCCUACCACCCAUGGAGGCUGCCGGGUCCUCAGCGAAAGCGGCCAAGGUCGGGGCAGGAAACGGGGGCAGCGAAGGGAGUCCUCCUCCUCCUCCUCCCCCUCCACCUCCCCCUCCGGCCCCUCCGGGGUCCGCAGGGUCGGGGGAUUCGGAGCCCGCCCAUUCCUCGAGCCCCGCGGCGGGCCCGGGCUCCCUGGCCCCUUCGCCCGAGCUUCCCUCUUACAAGCUUCAGGACUUCGAUACGCUCGCUACCGUGGGCACAGGUACCUUUGGACGAGUUCACCUAGUGAAAGAAAGAACAGCCAAACAUUAUUUUGCAUUGAAGGUAAUGAGCAUUCCAGAUGUCAUUCGGCUAAAGCAAGAGCAGCAUGUGCACAAUGAAAAGUCAGUCCUGAAAGAAGUCAACCAUCCAUUUCUGAUCAGAUUAUACUGGACCUAUCAUGAUGAAAGAUUUUUAUACAUGUUAAUGGAAUAUGUUCCUGGAGGAGAACUUUUCAGCUAUUUGAGAAACAUGGGACGUUUCAAUAACAGCACAGGACUAUUUUAUUCUGCAGAGAUUAUCUGUGCAAUAGAAUAUCUGCACUCCAAAGAAAUAGUUUACAGAGAUCUAAAACCUGAAAAUAUAUUAUUAGAUAAAGAAGGCCAUAUCAAGCUCACUGAUUUUGGAUUUGCUAAAAAGCUAGUAGACAGAACAUGGACGCUCUGUGGGACACCAGAAUACCUUGCUCCAGAAGUCAUACAGAGUAAAGGUCAUGGAAGAGCAGUAGACUGGUGGGCUCUUGGGAUUCUGAUAUUUGAGAUGCUGUCUGGGUUUCCUCCAUUUUUUGAUGACAACCCAUUUGGCAUCUAUCAAAAAAUUCUUGCAGGCAAAAUAGAUUUCCCCAGGCAUUUGGAUCUCUAUGUAAAAGACCUUAUUAAGAAACUUCUUGUUGUAGACAGGACAAGACGACUAGGAAACAUGAAGGAGGACAUUGACAAGCUAGAAUGUGUACAGAAGAAGAUGACCAGAAUGGUGAAGGGGACUGGAAACCAUGCUAUACAAGCAUCAGUUGAAAGAAAGAAUGGAGCAGAUGAUGUGAAAAGGCACCGGUGGUUCAGGUCUGUGGACUGGGAUGCUGUACCCCAGAGAAAACUGAAGCCUCCUAUAGUGCCCAAAGUAUCCAAUGAUGGUGAUACAUCUAAUUUUGAAGCUUAUCCUGAAGAUGACUGGAACAAGACACCACCUGUGCCUCCUAAAGACUUAGAAAUCUUUAAGAAUUUCUGAGUACAGGGAACCGCAUAUGGAAAGAAACUGGAAGAAGAUUUGGAAUGGGCUGAGCACAUUUGAGAAAAAGAACUGGGCAUCUGCCAACAUGAAGAAAUUCCUUCACAUGGAUGAGAAAGUUUCCACGCUUAUAUAUGCACAUAUUUAUAUAAAAUGAAAUUGGAAGACUGGUUAAGUUUAAUUUUAACUGUAUAGAUCUGGCAUCAGCUCAAAAAACUGUUGCUACAGAAAGUCUACUCAGUAGUAGAUUAUUUGAUUAAAUUGAUUUUUUUAGAUCCUUUAAUCUUAUUGUUACCUUUCUGUUAUGCCAGACCUUUUUUUUUCCUUUUGCUUUAUCUCAUAGACUUAACUUUAUAAGUUUAUACUAAACUUGUGACAUUGUAAGCACAGAUUAGUAUAUAUGUAUAUAAAGAAAACAAAAUCACCUAAGCACAGGGAUUGUGCAAAGAUGUAAAUGUUUGUACUUUGCAGAGUCUAUGAUUUUUAUUUUUCAGAUUUUUUUUCAAGAGUUUCUUCUUUGGGGAGAUAAAACUCUUAAAGGAUAAAUAAGUUUUUCAUCAUCUUAAACAUUUUAUAGUUCUUUGUAUAAAACAAAAAGGAAUUAUGUUAAGAUUUGGAAUUAAAAUGUCCAAUGCUUCAUUGUCUGUAACUAUAGUACUUGAAAGCCUGAGUAAAGAAGAGGAGGUACAAGUUUCUUCUUUAGUUCAUGAAAGCCCUAUUGAUUCAUGAGUGUUCAGAAAACAAAAUGUCCUGGAAAUAUUUCACAUGUUAUUAUGCUCUAUGGUGUCCUGUUGUGUACUGGGACUUCUCCUUAUUUAAGUUGAAGUAUAAAUCUGACACAUAAUACCCAAGGCCUUGGCCUCUGCUGUUUUUGGCCUCGUGUAGAUUUUUUUUUUCCCCUUUGAUUUAGGGAAAGAAGAACUACACAAGUGACAGGAUGUAAACAUCCAGUGUACCAUGUAAAUUACCCAGCUUCUAUUCAGUUCUGCAGAUGCAGCCUGUCUCCCUCUCAAAGAUCACCUAGGGUUUUAUGGUAUUGUUAGGGGGGUGAAAAUGAGUUCCUAAGCAUCACAAUGAUGUACAUAAAUAAAAAGUUUUUUGAAUGUGUAUUUUAUAGUAGCCAGAUGUUGAGGUGAUACUUAGGGCUGAACUGCAAAUUAGGGACCGAAACAGGUGUCCAUCCCAGAAACAACGAGCUUGCAGAAUUUCUAGAAAGUAGCAUGUGGACCUCUGCUCAUAAUGGUUCAUUUCAUUUUAAAGCAUUCCUAUUUCCUUCUAUACUCUUCUUCCAUCUCUUACUGUUCUAAAAUUCCCUGGAAAUCUCCAAAGACUUUUUUCCCCAGCAAAAAAUAAUAAAUCUAGUUUGCAAAAUCCUCUCAUAAUCUGUCAACAGUUGUGUAUUCUAAUUAUGUCCUGUGUCUAAGAAGUAAACCCAACAAGACUUCCUAUGAAGAAUCUGUCAGUGCUAAGGGUGUUUCAUACCCAUAGCUGUAUAAUGUAUACAUACAUAUAUACAUAAACACACAUAUACAUACUAUAUAUCAAUAUGCAGUAUGUGUAUAUGUGUGUGUACAUACACACAAAUACAUACAAUAUUUAAAUAAGAUAAGAGCAUGUAUUAAUUGGGUUCCAGUAGCAAAAACAGAGCAAUUACUCUUGUGAAUAAGUUCUAUAUAAUGAACUAGAUCCAGGAAGUGAGCAGAUUAUUCUUGGAGUAUUGUAUUGUUUUUCUCCCCCCUCCCUAUAAGUCAACAAAUGUUUAGUUUCCACAAACUGAAGAAAUUUAGCAAAUAAUACUCAUGUAAGUGAAAAAUGAGAGUGUGCCUCUCAGUUUGCUAUCCCCUAAAGUGCCUAACUCACUGUGCGUUUAAGACAUUAUUUAGUAAACCUGUUGGAUUUGUAUGUUAUGCUAAAAAAUUUUUUUUUUAAUCCACAGGCACCAUUUUAUAAGAGAGUACACUGGAAGAGAUGUACUUUUUGUGGGUCUUCCUAGUGGCCUCAGAUAUAUUCUGGUCCAAUAAUUUUGAUGGUUUCUUAUUGUGAUACUCAUUUGACACAGAGAUUGGUUUCUGAGUAGCAAGAUUUCAGAAAAACAAAAACAAAAACACUUCCUAUCAUGUUUCAGCAUAGUGGUUGAGAUAGGUUUUUUUUAGUGUACUUAGAAAAGAACUAACUUCAGAGACAGUUUCCUAAAUGCCUUCAGAGAAACCUGACAUGCCACGAGAAAACAAGUCAUUGUCCCAUCCUUGGGCAUAUCAAACUCAUAGAUUCCAUAUAAGCGUUUCCAAAAAUCUGGGAUCUAUGCUCAGCAAAAUUCUAUUUAGAACAAAUAGCCCAAUGAGAAAAAUUCUUGAAUACCUUUUAAAAGAGUAUAUAAAUUUCAUUCACAGAACUGUGUAGAACUUAGUCUUUACCUACCCUAAUGUUAGGUAUUAAGAUCAAGGCUAGUCAACAUCAAUUUCUGAGGUAAAGUGUGAUCUAAUGUUAAGAAACAAAAUCAGUAAAAUGACUUCCAUAGUUUACUGAGAUAAAAACUUAUAGCUACCAGAAGUGAUAACCCAAGUCUAGUGCCACUUGACUUUUUUAUCACAUUUAUUCUUAAGGAACUUUUUCCUUUGAAAAACCAUAUACAGAACAACUUGUUUUUAGUACAACUUUAAACUGUACAUAAGUUCAGUGUGCUAGUGUGUGUACUUCUUUGGUUUGCUACUUGUUACCUUUCAAAAUUUAAUGUUGAUAUUAAAUUGAAAUAGUAUAGGAAGCAUGAAAUAUAUUUGCCUUAUUUCUGAAUAAAUAUGCAAGAAAUACAGACGUGUUAACAUUGGUUACAUUGUUCUUUUGCAGAACUGUAAUCAGCCUUUGGUAGAAAAAAAAAGUGAGACAUUAAAAAGAAAAUUCAAAGACAUUUGAUGGUGUUAAUAAGUACAGAGUAAACAGUUGAGCACAUUUCAAUAUUUUAAGUGCCACAUGUUAGCUGUUCAUUAAUAGGCCAUAAAUUAUCAUUUCAAAUAGUGUGAUAUUACAUAAAGGUUGGUUGUAAUUUAAAUAAUAAACCUGGAACAAUCAUUAAAAGUAGCUAGGGAAAUAGUUGGAUAUGUGUGUAUAGACAUUUGUAUUUAUAUGGUCAGUUAUAAUUGCAAAAUUUUAAAAAUUGUGGGGUACAUAUCACAGAGUUUGUACACCACUGAAAGUACCAUUUUGAUUUUUGACUUGCUGAUAUUCAUGAUUUUGCAGUAUUUUCUGGAAUCUGAGUACUACAAAAUUUUUUAUUUAUAAAAUGCAGAAAUUGCUACAUUGAGUGUAUUGAGGAUUUCAUUUUCAAGUGGUAAAAUUGUCAUUUCUGUCUUGAAUUAAGCCAAGGAAAAAAUAACACUAACAUUAACUUUAUAUUAUAUAUAUAUUCAGUGAUAGAUUUUCCAUCCUUUCCCAUCAGAAACUGGAUUUGUUUUAGACAUGAGUAUAUCCGUUGCUGGCAAUGGAUGCACUCUGAAUUCUGGUACCAAACUCACAGAGUCAACAGAAAGAAUAGAAGUAAUGGGAUAUUUGCAACCAUACAUACGAGUGUAUACACACUCGUGUAUACACACACACACACACACACACAUUCAUCUACUCUAGAUCUAUGUAUAUGGAACCAAGAAUAAUUGGUUUGUUUUUAUAUGAUUUCCAGUACAAUUCUUUGUAUUUCUUUCCUUGAAAUUGUACAUAUUUUUGAUAUAUUGUUUUUAAAUCCUACUGAAAAAUGAAGCCCUAACCAGGUGAGAGAUGUGAGAGGGUGAGUUGUCAUUUAAGUAUAUGGCCUAGGUGGUGGGUCUUAAGGUUGUAUACCUUUUCUCAUGGUGUUAACUGAAGAGAAAGGGGCACAGACUCCCCUGGUACCAAGGACUGACCAAGGUACCAAGAAACAUAAUGUGUCUAAACAGUGAAGUGAAAAAAAAAAAGUCAGUGGAUUUUAGUGAUUUACUGUACUGCAGACUGACCGGCUGAUUAAGAAUUUUAUAUUUUCCACAAUUUAUUUUGGAGUCACAAGACACAGCUUCCAUGCCUUUUAUUCUUUCUUUUGGUUUGAAACGUAUAGUCUCAUUAUUUAUAUUUGGUUCACUUCUCUAUCAUGCAUUUUAUACAUAUUGAACAGUUUCUAUGUAUUACCUUCUUCCCCCACAACAGUGUGAAGGGUCUUACUAUUACUUCAUCCUAAGUGAACAAAAUGGACCUAUUAUAAAAAGAAUUUUUAAGGCAGGUUCAAAAUGUCUUUAUUUUUUAGAGUAUUCAUUUGUUCAAGAAUUUAUUAAGCACCAGGACUUGAUGGGUCUUGUGUGCCAGGGUUCUUUGCUAGGCACCAAGGAUACAAAGGGCAAAACCAAAACAGACCUUGCCCUUAAGGAGCAUGCGUAUUAUCGGGGAUUGGUCAUUUCUGUUUAUUUUUAACCCAGCAUAAGGUUCUAGAAUAAAACUUGCAUCAUGAAUGCAAUGGAAACCAAUGGAAAAUUGCUUGAUGGUGAACAGAUUUCCGUAACUCACACGACCUUAGCAAGUGACUUUUUAACUAACAUUAACUGACUUGAUCUUCUGCUGUCAAAACAUGAGUGAAAACUCAGUUAGGUACUAAACUCAUGGUUAACCAGGAUUUGAAGGCUUCAGUACAGUGAAAGAUAUGACCACUGUUCAUUCCAUUGCCUUGCAGUCCUGAAGAACUGAAAUGCAGUGCUUCCUUAUGCUAGAGGAUAACUUUUCAUCUUUAACAACAACAACAAAAACUGUAGCAUGAUUCUUCUUUUUCCUAUUUUGAAUACAGACUUGCCAUAUUCUGCACUUUUCUAUGGCAAACCUGACUACUUUAUAAAUAGUAGGAAAUAAUAACUUGCCACUGGUUUGCAUACUUCAUAACUAGUUUGAAAUGAGAAAUAGGCAGAGUUAUUUUAGACUCAUUAAUAUUGUUGGUUGGUAGUCCUCAAUCAUGUGUAAAAGUACUGUCCAAAGUCAUGUCAAUUCAUUGCACAAUAAAAUCACUGUGAUUUGUAUAUAAACCCUAGUGAAAUGUUACUGCUGUUUAAUUUAUAUAAUGCCUGUUGAUUUCUGGAUUUGUUUAAUAAACCUUUGUAUCUUUUAAAAUGCC